GAUGUUUAAAGUGAGCGGGUCACCGAAGUCCCGAAAAUCCAGAACCUUGGUAACGGUUUUUUCUACUUUCACUUUUUUUGUGUCUCACUUUCAGCCUUUUAAUUGUGAUUCUAAUUAAUUUUAUGUUUUGUUUUCUCUUGUUACCUUUUUGAUUUUUGUUCCUUAAUUUGUUACAAUUAAAUGUAAUCCAACUAAACCAUUGGUACCCGAAGAUUGGUUUGUUUAUGUUACCAAUCUCUCUCUAGUUUUUUGUUUCUCUCUCUCUCUGUCUAAUUAGUAAAUUAAUUUUGUUCUUUUCUCUUUCAAAGUCUAUUCUCUUUCUUUCCUCUCUUCCUUUUUAACAUUAUAUAUACAAUCUUUCUUUCUUUCUUCUCUUUCUUUCUGUCCCUCUUUCCAAUUUUUUCUUCUUUCUUCUCUUCUACUAACAUACAUUUUAUACACUACAUAUUAUAUAUAUUUAGGUAUACUAUUGUUAACUGUAUUGUUUGGUGUUGAUAUAUUACAAGGUAUAUCUGGUCUUUUGUUGGUGUUAGUUUUGUGUAUCUAAUGAUGAUGAAUGAUGAUUUACUUUCUAAUGAAGGAGGAGGUGUAAUUGGUGUUGUUAAUGAGUUCCCUUCAUCGUCCGAGUUGAUACCUUCUGCUGUUAAUUCAAGUACUACGACUAUUAAUACCAAUUUAACCAAUACCGCUGAGGAAAUGAAUGGUAAAUCGGACGACGAUAUGGUUGAGGAAAAUUCUGACGAUCGUGAAGGUUGUCGUUCAUUAAUUUGUGAUUCUAAUGGUAUCAUUGUUGCCGAGAUGGUUUAUCGAUGUAUGAUCUGUGCAAAUGUGGUUGAAUCAAUUGCUGAGGCUCAAAAACAUUAUCGUGUUAAACAUAUCGGUGAAGAAAUUAUUGAACCAUCACCUUUAUCCUCAUCUUCGUCUACCACUGCUGCUGGUUACACUUAUUCUCAUUCACCCUCAGCCAAAUUUAACAAUAGUAACACCAACAACAACAACAACACCAACAACAAUAGUUAUCAUAAUUCUGGAAUUAAUAAUAAUAACCUGGUUAACCAUUCAAUUCACAAUAGUAAUUCAAUUAACAGUUAUAAUCAUGGUUAUAACAAUUCAUCAAACACAUCAUCCCUUGGUUUUACCGGUUCAGUAGCAUCUACACCGUUGAAAUCAUCUUCAUUAUCUUCACCACCUAAUAAGGAUUCUGGUUCAAAGGUAUCCAAUUCAUUAGCCUUAAUGAUGAACGGUGAUGGAAAUCAAUCGGAUGAGGCUGAAGAUUAUUCUUUUACUUCUCAAGAGAUGCCUUUUCUAUUUAAUCACCAUAACAACAAUUACGAUUAUACCCCUAGUUUUAUUAGUAAUUUUGAUGAUUUCGAUCCAACCCAAUUUCUAUCUCAAACCUUCACAACUGAACCUACCUCUAAAAAGUCAAAGACUGAAUCUACUAAUGGAACCAGCUCGUCCAGAGGGGGUUAUGUUACCUGUGCCGUUUGUAAUAUAACCAAAUUUUAUGCCAGUGUCCAGCGUAGAUAUGGACAGUUUACUUGUAUGGGUUGUGCCAAAUUUUUUGGUCGUUUCCUCAUGAAACCAAGACGCUAUUAUUGUCCUAAUCUGGGUACUUGUCCAUUGGCCCAAUCUCCUAGAUGUAAAGCAUGUCUCUUGCAGGCUUGCAUUCGGACUUAUGUUAUAGAUGACAAAAGAAUGAAGAUAGUAAACGCUAAUAGGCCAUUAAAACGCAUGGGUCCUGGAGGCGGUUCAUUACCUUCUGAUUCUAUUGAAUCACCUCCUUCUCCUGUGGCUCCAACAACAGGAACUGUAACAUUGAGAAACUCAAAAGAAACGAUUAAAAAGGAGUCAUCACUAUUGGCAAGUUCAAAUGUAACCGAUACUCCAGAAGGAAGGAGUAAAUCAACCUCACUUAGUAAAGACGAUAAAUUAAAUUCACCCAAUAAAAGAGGAAAUAACAGUGUAAACAAUAGUUGUAAUACAAUUAGUCGCAAUUCACCUGGUAAAAGUUCAGUUGAAUCAACUGCAAGUUCAUCAACUCCAACCUCAACCCCAAAGAAAACCAAUACAACUAAUGGGACCAACCCAGGACGUAAAUCGGCCGGAUGUAGAGCAUGUAGCGGCUGUUUAGCUGAAGAUUGUGGUAACUGUCACUACUGUCGGGAUAAGCCUAAAUUUGGUGGUGCAAAUACCCUUAAGAAAAAGUGUAUUGCUAAACGAUGUUUAAUGCAAGGAUAUAAAAUUAAGCCCAGUGAUAAUUUGAAGAAAAUUAAGAUAACCCGAAAAUGAAAGCGGAUUAGCCUAAGCUGAGAAAUUAAAUUUUUCCAUCUUUAUGCCUACUUCCUCUCUCUCUCUCUCUCUCUCUCUCACACACACUUUCUUUUCCUCACUUACUCUCUCUUCCUCUCUUCUUCUCUUCUCCUUCUCAAGUUAUCAUGAAUAACCUAAUGGUCGUCGUCGUUGUCGUCGUUAAUCAUCAUCCAAUACACGCCCAAUACCAGCACCAUCAACAAUUAUUACAAAGACACACCAAAAAAAAGCACCAAAAUGUAAACACUAAAAUCAACAAUUGAUUCAGCAAUUAUCAUAUCGCCAAAUCAAAUCUGAGUCAAAAACGAACAUGGAAAACUAUCUAAUCGAUAUGGAAACUGACAAAAUCGAAAGAUACAAAUAUAUAUAUACAACAUAUACCACAGAUUUAUAAAUGUAUAUUUAACCUCUUGGUACACAAACUAAACAAGACCAGAGACACUUAACCUCUGGCCUUAUAUACCCGAUAAGCAUAAAAACUAAACUGCGUCAAGUCAAGUCUCGAAGUCAAGUCACAUAAACACACACACACACAUACACACAUACAAAAACCCGUCAACCGAAAGUCAAAAUGAAGCCAACAAGUCAUCAUGGGUUCAAAACGCGAUUGCAAACGGAUUACACACUUUAUUUUUUUUCUUCUCGUCAAAAAAUGGUCUUUAAUCAACACAACAAUUUAACGUUCAACAUGAAACACCAAAAUCUAGAUGUAAAUUAAUUGUGAAGCCAAAAUUAUCCAACAACAAAGAAACCUAAAUAUGAGUGUUAUUAUAUAUACAAAAUAUAUUAUGGAAACAAAAUUCAACAAUUAUAUUUAAAUAUCUAAACAACUUAUCUACACACAAACGACACAUUAACCACACAAUCAGUUGAGGAUAAUAUGAGAAUAUAUAUUUAUAUAUAUUUACAAUUAGUGACAAUUAAAUAUUUAAUUGUGUGUGUAAAUCUAGUUGGUGUGUGUACGAUAGGUGGUUUAAAUUAAUUGCAUUGCUUUGCAUGAUUUAAUCUUGUCAUAAACAGAGAGAGUCAACUUGGUUAAUUGUUAUUAACCAAUUUUGAUUUUUCUCAUUUCUUUUUCUGUUUUUUUUUUGAUUUUCCGAACAAUUAAAAACGCAAUCAACACACACACACACAUACUGAUAUAAUUAAAUGCUACUAAAUCAGUGGCAUUUAAUUUACCUAUUGUACAUGUAAUUAAUAUCUAUACAUAUAAAUUAUAAUCAAAAUUAGUUAAUAUAAAUUGUGUAACAAUUUUGGACAAUUAACUGAUGAUUAAGAAACUUAUAUAAAUUUAUUGUUUUGUUACCGAUGCAAAAUUUAAUCUUAAACAUCAGAACAAUUAACGAUUUAAAUUGUAAUACCUUUGUAAACCCUUAAUUGUAACCUUUUUCUUUUCUUCGUAACUAUUACGAUUAGUUAAUUGUUUCUAUGUUUCUUUUUCUUUCUCUUUAAUUGUAAUCAUUUUUCAUUACCAUCUCUCGGCUAUAAAUCCACUUGUGAAUAACUAAGUGACCCCAACGUCCAGUCAAAGGAAGAAAAGGAAACACUGAUUAAUUGUCACGGCCUAAAAUCUAGUUUUCACAAUCACAAUUAACUUAAUUAGUUGAAUUUGUUAAAAGAAAAGUUUCUUUCUAUUUCCUUUUCCCAUUCUUACCUCUUUUUUGUUUCCUAUUUACCUUGAGUUUGAGGUCAUCUUUUCCUUUUCCGUUAUGUUGAUCAUCUCAUAUUAAAUCCGAUUAAUUUUGCUUUUUUAA